AGCAGACCAUAUCUAUAUGUAUGAUAGCAGCAGACCUUCUUGAAGCGAUACGGAUGAGUGUUCCAUCAAUAUUGUUCAUUGAAGAUCAGGAGCGAAUUGAUGUUAUCUACACUCAGAUGACUUCAAUUUUGGAUGGCACACCUACACACACCCACAGUGACCAGAUCAGAUUCAUUAUGGAUGUCCCUUUUCCAGAGUCCAUCAUCUGUGCUCUUGCUGUUGUGAAAGAUGUGUCCAUCUUGGAGGCUGAGGAGAAAUUCCUUCGAGGACCUGUCAUUGACGCAAGUGAGUGGGAUCACUUUGACCGCAGGAUAAAGAAACAAUUAAAGAAGAGUGGCAAACCAUUGGAGAGUCAUCUACAGGAGUCAUGCUGUUAAGAAAUAACCAAGUCAUGGUGUUAAUAAAUUUUUUUUGUGAACAACAA